CCACCACCAGUAUACAAGUACAAGUCUCCACCACCUCCAGUAUACAAGUACAAGUCUCCACCACCUCCAGUAUACAAGUACAAGUCUCCACCACCUCCAGUCUACAAGUACAAAUCUCCACCACCACCCGUUUACAAAUACAAGUCUCCACCACCUCCGGUCUACAAGUACAAAUCUCCACCACCACCCGUCUACAAGUACAAGUCCCCACCACCUCCAGUCUACAAGUACAAGUCUCCACCACCACCCGUCUAUAAGUACAAGUCUCCACCACCUCCAGUCUACAAGUACAAGUCUCCACCACCACCUAUUUACAAGUACAAAUCUCCUCCACCACCAGUUUACAAAUACAAGUCACCACCACCACCCAUUUACAAAUACAAAUCACCCCCACCUCCCGUUCACAAGUCUCCAGCCCCUUACUAUUACACUUCUCCACCUCCUCCUAGCCACUACUAGUUUCACAAUCUCGAACGAGGUCAAGAGGAAUAAUUAAGAAGGAAAAGGCCCAUGGGAUCAGAAUAAAUUAAAGAGUUUUAAAGAAGUAGUAAUUAAAGCCACAAAGGGAUCUUAUUUUGUUUUGUGUUUUGUGCCAUUAACUUCACGUAGUUGUAUAUCUCGUGAAGUUGUUGAAAUAUUUAUAUAUUGGAUGCAUGUAAUAUAUAUUUAUUUACGUACCAUAGUCGUACAUGUUUUAUGUGCUUUUGAAUUUUGACUUUUUGAAUUUUAUAAGUCAAACUACUUUGUAAUAAUAAGAUCAAUAAGUUUCAUUGAAUAACAUUGUUGUGAUUUCCUUUUCCAAA